CAAAGACUUCCUGAGCCUAUAAUCUCUCGGUCUGGUUCUGGUGCUCAUAAUGAACUUUCCCACGAGAUGCAACUGUGUGUUUCAGCGUUGAGAUUUCCAUUCAGUUUGUUGGUAUUGUACUGGACUGCAAGGUCUUUUUAAUGUUCUGCUCCCACCUCCCCUCCUUAACCCCAAUUCAUGUAUAUAAACACAUUUAACUAUGACCUCGGUUGUAAACAGAGCUGUUGUUUUGAAUUGCAUUAGAUUGUAAAGGUGUUUCUAAUAAAGUAGCCAUUGAGUGUAAUACAGUACAUAGAUGUAGUGAGUCAUCUUCUCACGCAUGUCACUGCACCUACGGGUCUCUGGGGGAGCAGAGCACAGAGUUCAGCCAAUUUGGGAGCUAUGUGCCACCACACAGUGUAGCCUCCUCUGCGGUCAGCAAGAAGUACAUGUGACUGGAUGAAGCUGUGUGGCAGGAUUAAACAUGCCAAUAUUGUAUCUCUGGAAGAGAUAUUUGAAAGUAAAUCACACCUCUACCUUGUCAUGCAACUGGUGUCUGGUGGGGAACUCUUUGAUCGUAUCAUAGAGAAGGGCUUCUACACAGAGAAAGAUGCCAGUAAGCUCAUUCAGCAGAUUCUGGAUGCUGUCAAAUACCUCCACGACAUGGGCAUCGUGCACCGUGACCUCAAGCCAGAGAAUCUGCUGUACUACAGCAUGGAUGAAGACUCCAAGAUCAUGAUAAGUGACUUUGGUCUGUCUAAAAUUGAGGGCUCUGAUAGUGUGAUGUCGACAGCAUGUGGAACACCUGGAUAUGUUGCUCCUGAAGUGUUGGCUCAGAAACCCUACAGUAAAGCAGUGGACUGCUGGUCUAUUGGAGUCAUAGCGUAUAUUCUCUUGUGUGGUUACCCUCCGUUCUAUGACGAGAAUGAUGCCAAACUGUUUGAACAGAUCCUGAAGGCAGAAUACGAGUUUGAUUCCCCUUACUGGGACGAUAUAUCUGAUUCAGCUAAAGACUUCAUAGUCCACCUGAUGGAGAAAGACCCUAACAUACGUUACACCUGUGAGCAGGCUCUGCAGCACCCCUGGAUUGCCGGGGAUACAGCCCUAGACAAGAACAUCCAUGAGUCUGUCAGUGCUCAGAUCAAGAAGAAUUUUGCUAAGAGCAAGUGGAAGCAAGCAUUCAACGCCACAGCAGUGGUUCGUCACAUGAGGCGCCUCCAGCUGGGCACCAGUCACGAGGGACCCAACCCCACCCUGCCCAGUCCGUGCCGAACUCAUCUGCUACUACCAGAGGAAGAUGCAGAAGCUUGUUGUGAGGGAGGAUGCUCCCAGAAUGUGGACGGAGGAGCUGAUGCCCUGUCCAACUGCACCUACCGCUGCCACCCGACCAGCAGGGUGUGAUCCCGGCACCUGCUCCACUUACCUGUCUAAUCAAUCCCAGUGACUUUCCAAUUUUAACCCCCUCGGUGGAACCAGAGGCACCAUCUCCCCCUUUAUCUGGUUGGGAAUACAGCGUCAUUCCAACCUCUCGCCUGCAGGGGGAGCAAGCCUGUCCAGCCUGAGAAGGAAGACAUAAAAUGGGAUGAAAGCAGGAGGAGGGAGACUUGAUGAUAAUGAUGAUAAUAAUAAUGAUGAUGAUGAUGAUGAUGCACCAGAGAGGAUCACUUUUAAAGACUGGGCUGGUAGUUUGGGUUGAAAUGGGGAGAGGAUACAAAGGAAGGAGAGGAAGAUAACCUCCUCCACCAGCAUGUCAGGGGGAUUGUUUUUGCCGACGCAGGACAGAGCUUGUUGGACACUGUUUUUACUCAUGAUUUUUUAAUCAACUUGUCUCUUUGUUUGUUUUAUCAUUUCUUGUUUUAUCUAUUUUCGUGGUGUCUUUUGAACCUCCUACUGUUUAGACUUUGGAGCGUAAAUCCAGAAACAAUAUGUACAUGAUCAGGAGAGAGUUUCCCCCGACGCAUGUUUUGUUAUCUUAGAAAUAUAAAUCUACUGCAGAAAUGCAGCAUCGCAGUACGAUGCAAAUGAUGGAGUGUUGUGUGCAACGUAUUUUGAUAUGUUGCCGUAUUUGAAAUGAAAUUGAUCUUGUCAUUUUACAGAUCUGCAUUCUAUGUCUUUAAGUCGUGCUUUUAGACAAUCAGUAACAGAAUAGUUUAUGCAAUGAAAAUUCUUAUCUAUGUAGCCUUUCUCGUGGCGAUAUAGUGUUUCCAUGCAGCGGUUAGGCUUUUUGAGAGGAAAAGGCUUCUCCCUGCUCUUUUUUUUAACCCCAAACCUCUUUAACCACUCGAGCACAGGGAUAUAUCUUUGUCUAAGGUGCCUUUAGCAUUUACAGUAUGAUGGGUUUAUUUUUGGGUAGCUUCUGAAAUGUUUUGAGUUAUUGCAGCACAGAUUCUUGCUCUAACUUCAUAUUUUGUAUUUAUCACAUUUUCAGCUUUAAAAUGCAGUUCUGUGCUUUUUGUGUCAAAGUUAAAUACUGUAAUCUCGGAAGGGAGGCCUGCACAUAAACUGUACACAGCCACUAUGGUCAAGAGUGUGUUGUUAUCCACUGAAUCUACUCUAUAUGGAUAUACCAUCAAUUACAUUAAACAUUGAAUUUUACACAUUUACCUUUCUGGAAGGCUUCACCAUGAGCCUCGUUUAUAUUAAACAAUGCUUUAUGUAAAUGUUUUUCAAAUAUAUUUUCUAGUAUCUUGCCAGCUCCCUAAAAGCCACACAUUUAAAAACUAUAUUCAUGUUUUUCAAUACAAAUCCUACAGUACUUUUUGUGCAAAAAAAUAUAAUGUAUUGCAAACUUGAAAAAGGAUUGAUCAUUGUGCUUGGCCAUCCUUUAAUACCAGGCUGACUUAGCGGGGUCAAGUAGGUUGUGUGAAUGCAAAAAAAAUAAAUUAAACUGCAACCAACAUUUGAUAUGCAUCUGUCACCAUGUACUGUAAUCGUCAUUACAAUUGUUUUCUUCUUACAUUCUUCUACAGGCACAUUUCCUCCAUGUGCAACCGGUUUAGAAAGACCAUGGAUUAAAGAAUGUGAAUAUGCAUCA